AUGAGUUUUACAUCUGAUCAAUUAAACGCAAUGGGUUUAAGUGGACCUGCUUUAAGAGCAGAAUUAAACCAAGCCAUUAUUGGACCUCCAUUAACUUUUCCACCAUUGAUGAAUAAAGCUCCUCCUGUCACAAUUAGUCCCUUAGAAGAAUAUAUAUUGAUGUUAAAAAGAGAAUUGAAUGAAUAUUACAAAGAGAAUGCUAUCAUGCCUAAGAGUAAAACUGUAGAGAAGUCCAUUGUUCAGCCUUAUGGUAAUCGAUAUGCUGUGAGUAUAUGUAAUUUAUUUGUCGGAAAUCAGUUGAAUAACUUCAUUGCUUCUAGGAAAUUCUAA